AUGGCUGCGUCGUUCGAUGGGCUGUCGUUCUUCUUCUCGCUCAUUGGCAGUAUAUCGAUGGGGUCGAACCCAGUGCCUAUGAAGGCGCCUUCUGUUCUGCAGGCGGGCGUGCACCCCCUGGUCUUCCAGUGCUACAAGUCCUUCUGGGUCUUCGCCCUCGGCCUGGCGUUCAUCCUCGUGAACCUGCUCCGCGAGAGGCCGGCCUACCGCUUCACCUGCUGGGGCAUCCUCGGCGCCGCGGUGUGGGUCCCCAGCGGCGUGGCCACCAUCGCCGCCGUGCCGCGCCUGGGCGUGGGCGUGACCGUCGUGCUCAACACGGGCACCAGCGCCUGCCUCCAGUUCCUCCCCGGGCGCGGGGGGCACCUAUCGGCGGGCAGGGCCCCGCCCGGGUCGCUUCCCGGCCUGUUCUGCGGCGGGCCGCACGGCGCCUCUGGCUACGCCCUGGCGCCGUACUACCUCCUCGCGGUGGUGCUCGGCAUGGCCGGCCUGGUGCUGGCCCCAACCCUGAGGCGUCUCGGCUCUCUGUCGGUGGCCGACGACGAGACCGACGCUGCCCCGCUGCGCGGCCAGCCUGGGGAGGGCGCCGCCGGCGGCGCGCCCCGCGCCCGGCAGAUGGGGGCGAGCAUCCUGCUCGCCCUCUUGGCGGGCGUCUUCUCGGCUGUGCAGUUUGCCGUGAUCACCGUCUCGGCGGCGUCUGGCGAUCUGCAGUGCCAGAGCGACUACAGCAGGUGCCCAGACUGGUUCAAGGACGAGUUCGAUGCCUUCGGCUCCUACAUGGUCACCUUUGGCCUCGGCGCCGGCUCCGUGACAGCACUCUACCUGGGCCUCUUCGCCAGCGCCCAGAGGGUGGCGGGCGGGCCGCUGCCACAGAGCCACUUCGGCGUCAUGAAGGUUCCGGGUUCCAUCGCCGGCUGCUGCUGGGUCGCGGGCAACGUCUUCCAGUCCGCCGCGGUGAACCGCGGCGGCUCUUCGGUGUUCGGGCCUGCGAAUCAGGGCCCCACUUUUGGAGUGCCGACCAUCACGUCUGGCGCGUGGGGCCUGCUCUACUACCGCGAGGUAAGGGCGCCGGUGCGCAUCGUCUGCUGGGUGCUGUCGGCGGUCUGGACCUUCGUCUUUGUGAUCUUGCUCGGGCAAGAGAAGGCGCCUUCGGUUCUGCAGGCGGGCGUGCAUCCGCUGAUCUUUCAGUGCUACAAGUCCUUCUGGGUCUUCGCCCUCGGCUUGGUGUUCAUCCUCGUGAACCUGCUCCGCGAGAGACCAGCAUACCGGUUCACCUACUGGGGCAUCCUUGGCGCGGCGGCCUGGAUCCCCAGUGGCCUGGCCACCAUCGCCGCCGUGCCGCGCCUGGGCGUGGGCAUGACCGUCGUGAUAAACACCGGCGCCAGCGCCUGCCUUCAGCACGGCACCUCGGGCUACGUCCUGGCGCCGUACUACCUCCUCGCGGUGGUGCUCGGCAUGGCCGGCCUGGUGCUGGCCCCGACCCUGAGGUGCGGGCGGGCUGGGCCGGCGAAGAGGACGCCCGCCGCAGGGAGCCCUGGUGCUCGGCCAGCGGCCGACGACGACGAGGGCGAUGCUGCCCCACUGCGCGACCAGCCCGACGAGGGCGUCGUCGGCGGCGCGCCCCGCGCCUGGCAGAUGGGGGUGGGCAUUCUGCUCGCCUUUCUGGCGGGCGUCUUCUCGGCCCUGCAGUUUGCCGUGAUCACCAUCUCGCAGCGUUGUGAAACAGAGCCCGCGGAGUGUCACAGAGCGUGCAAUGCUAAUGGUUCCCGCCUGGCCGCAUCACUUCGGCCCAAGCGGUUUUUCUCAGGGCGGCGAAUGGGAGAUUUCGGCUGGGCCACCUUCUCCAAAGCCUCCACCUUCGAGGCUGCCAGCAGCGGAUUGCAGGUUUCUCCUUGUGCCCUGGCGCUGUCGACCAGCGCCAACGCCUGCCUCUCCGAGACCCGCGUCUGGGGGGCGCCGGUGCCGCUGGGCGCGGCGGUCGUCGCCGGGGGCCUGGGUGUCCUGCUCGGCGUCCUCGCGGUGCUGCUGGUGCAGGUGACCGUCUGCACGUGCCUGGUGUCGGUGCGGAUUGGCCUGUGGGGUCUUUGGAAGGCCGCGCCGGCGCCUCCGCGAGCCGAGCGGCCGGAGCAGCUGGCGCCCGUCGUGGACGCGCCCGUGCAGGCAGGGGACGUAGUGUUCCUCGACUACGGGGAGGCAGAGGAACCGUGGCAUGAGAGGCUGAUCCUCGCGUCUUUGGGCGAGGCGAGGUAUCUGGUGCUGACCCCCGACGAGGACAUGUACGAGGAGGAGAUCGACACGCGCAGCGUGGCCGACUUCCGGCAGGCGGGCCCGCGGGGCGGCUUGCCGGCCGGCCUUGGAGCAGCAAAGGGCCAGCCGGUCUACCGCUUCACGGAGCGGCCGCGCGGCGCUGCGCUGCAGUCGUGGAUCGACGCGGCGGAGGAGCAGGCCGUGGAGCUGCGCGCGGCGCGGGGGCUCGCCGAGGAGCCUGAGCCUCCGCCCUUGGCUGACGGGGGCGCGCCCUCGGGGGCGGGCGCCGCGGGCUCCGGCUCGACUGGCGAGCGGGCCGACUGGGUCUGCGUGGUCCCCGAGGGCGACGUCAAGCGGGGCGCGGUGUACUCGCUCCCGGACUCGCUCGACACGCCGUCGGAGGACUUCGUGGCGUUCGGGCAGCACGGGCUCUACGACCUGGGCCGUCGCGGCAAGUCGGCGGUCCUGGUCAGGCUGGCGCCGGGCGAGACCGCGGACGAGGCCUUGCGGACCUUCGUGGCGACCGCGGUGCCGGACGCUGUCGGGGGGGCGCGGACGCCGCCACCCGCCGAGGACGCCCGCGCGCUGGCUAUCAAGCGGGACGCGGCCGGCCGCCGCUUUCGGGAUCUGAAGAGUGUGGCGGACUCGUCGGAGCGGUGCGAGUUCGAGGACUGGGCGCUGUCGGGGCCCCGCACUGCCUUGUACGUGGUGAAGGAGAUUGCCAAGCAAAGCGGGGGCCCGGUCCAGCGUCACACCACGUGGAAGCACGAGAACAAGCUCAACGAUGACGAGCAUAGCGUGGUGGCCCACGAGAUGUUGUCGGAGAUUUUGGAGUUGGCUUGCACCUACGACCAGGUCGACGUGGCCAACCUGGCGAGCAUGGAGGCGCUCGCGAGGCACCUGCAGUUCCUGGAGCACAAGGUCAAGAAGAAGAAGGAGACGAUCAAGGAUUUCGAUUCCCAGGACUACUACCUGGGACGCACCAGGAGGACGGGCGGGGCUAUCAUCAGCCCGGAGCUGCUGAAGUGGGUCGCGGAGUCCGCGGCCCGGGAUUCGGCCAUCUUGAAGGAGGAGCGCAAGGCUGCGGAGGAGCCGCUGGAGCGCAUGGUGCCGAGGGAUCUGCUGCCCUUGCCCUUGGUGCCCGUGCCGCCGGCUCGGGGCGCGCGGGCGUUGCCGCGCCGCUCCGCCCAGAGGAUCGGCCGCAGGUCUGCUGUGGGCCGCCGUGUGAAUGACUGCAUCGCCGCCCUGAACAACUUGUACGGGGAGGGCGACUUUUGCUCGAAGGCCCGUCCUUCGGAGGCACAAUUUUCUGCUGUGGACAUGCUCUGGCAGCCCGUGUCGGGCGACAAGCCGCCGGACGACGCCCCCAGCCCCGAGGCAGCCCUCGUGGAGUUGCUCGGCAUGGGUAGUCUGGGCUAUGGCCCCGACGGCCCCACUGUGGUUGCGCCGUGUGAUCGCGGCCUGGUUUCGUGGCCUGAGUCGGCGGGCUGCGUCGGCUUGCUGGAGGUGCUGCCGGAGCCAGACCGCCAGGAGGUGAUCGACGGUAAGAAUUCGAUGAUGCUUCGCGCUGAAGAGGUUCGCCCAGGCGCCACCAAGGUGUACUGGGAUAAGACCUUGCAAUCCGACGCAGACGAGUACCAGCGGUUCGUGCAGGACCUGCUGGCCCGCGACAUGGUGGAGCUGCGGACUCGUCGCGAUUUUGAAGUGGGAGUCUUCUUCGCGAAGAAGAAGUCGGGCCGCCUGAGGCUCAUUGUGGACGCUCGGGCUGUCAACCAGGCGCUGAAGCGGCCGCCGACGAUUCACAUGGCGUCCACCGCGGCGCUAGUGAACAUGGAGGUCGAGGACGGCGCCCAGCUGGAGUUCUCGAUCCAGGACAUCGCGGACUGCUUCUACCAGUUCCGCGUGCCGGACUACAUGGUGCCGUGGUUCGGCAUGCGCCCGCUCAGAGCGAGGCAGCUGGGCGUGAAGGUGGUCGACGGCCUCGCGGUCUCAGGGGGGGCGUGGGUCUACCCAUGCCUGCGGGUGCUGCCCAUGGGCUUCGCGUGGGCCAUGCGCUGGACGCAGCAGGCGCACCGCGAGCUGCUGCGGCGGGGAGGCCUCGGCGGCAUCGAGAGCGAGCUGGUGGACAGGCAGAUCGCUCCGAGCGUGGACUCUCCUCAGGUGCCGAGGGUCGUCUACGUGGACAACGAGAUCUUCGUCUCGUCGCGACCGGGCGCCGCCCGGGGAGCGAGGAGGCAGGCAGCCAAGGUGAUGACCGAGGCCGGGCUGCCACUGCACGAGGUCGAGGAGAGCAAGACGGUCGUGGAGGCGCUGGGCCUGGAGCUGGACGGCCUCAAGCUGCGGGCCCGGCUGGCGCGGGCCAAGCGCUGGAGGCUCGGGCUGGGCACCCAGGAGCUGGCCAACGCGCUGCACCUCAUGCCGCUGCUGGCCGUCCAGUUCGAUCUGCCGUGGUCCGGGCGCGUCGCCUGCUCCGAUGCCACGCUGCGCGGCUAUGCGGUGCAGGAAGCCGACAUGGAGCCGCCGGCCGUGCGGGAGGUGCUGACCCCAUGGGCCCCCAAGGUUUACAUCAUGUGCACCCAGCUCUGCCUCUACGGGUUCCUGAAGGCCUCAGUGGUGCCCCUCGUCGUCAAGUGCUUCGGGAUCUACCUCUGGCUGAGGCUCCUGGGGCCGCUGGGGCCGCUGCUGAGGGCUGCUUGGGCGAGGAGUCAGGCUUCCGCCCCGCCGUCUGCCUGCCCCAGCCCCUGUGGUCUGAGCGGCAGCGGGCCCGGCAUCCUCGACCGAGCGGCGGCUGCUUUCAUCGACGAGGCGGCGAGGGCGCGGUCGGUCGGGACUGGUGGACUCACGACGCUGGAGCAGGAGAGCAUCACCCAGAAGACGAGGCAGGACUACGCGAGGAGGCUGGAGCGGUUCGACGUCCUCUGCAGGACCCACGGACUCACCACGGGGAGCGACGUCGAGCUGGAGGAGGCCGUGGUAGAGUACAUGGAGCUGCAGUUCAGCCAGGGGGGGCCGUCGAACAGCGGGGCCAAGCUGCUGGCCGCGAUAGGGCAUCGCGACCCAAGGCUGCACCACGCGGGCAGGCUGCUGAAGCUGCCCCGCGUGGCGAGGGCGCUGCAGGGCUGGCGGAGGCUGGUGCCGCCGCUGACGCGGGCGCCCGCGCCUUGGGCGGCGGUGGCGGCCAUCGCGGUGGCCCUGAUCUACCUCGGCCAGCGACGCGCGGCCCUCGGCGUGGUGCUCGCGGCGGACGCCUACCUGCGCCCAGGGGAGCUGCUGACCCUCCGGGCGGACCACGUGGUGCCGGCGCAGCCGCAUGCCGGGGGGGACUACCGCUUCACGUCCCUGGUGCUGAGGCCCGAGGAGGAGCUGCAGUCAACCAAGACCAGGGGCUUCAACGACUCGAUCCUGCUCGACAGCCCCGCGAGGUCUUUUCUCGGGCCCCUGCUGGAGCAGGUCGCAUUCCAGUCGCAGCCGAUGGAGCUCCUCUUUCCGUGGUCGGGCGCGGCCUUCAAUGCCAUGUUCGAGGAGGCAGCCGCGCUCGUCGGGCUCGAGAGCUGGGAGUUGACGCCGUACAUCCUUCGCCACUCCGGGCCGUCUCACGAUUGGCUCACCAAGGCAAGGAGCUUGGAGGCCAUCAAGCGCCGGGGCCGCUGGGCGUCCGACCUCAGCGUCAGGCGCUACGAGAAGGGCUCCAGGGUGAUGCGCCGCCUGGCCUCGCUCGACCGCGGCCGGCAGCUGCUGCUGGCCGAGGCCGACCGGCUGCUCGAGGGCGCCCUGAAGGACGGGCGCAUCAACGGCUUCGCGCGGCUGCUCCAAGACGUGGGCCUCGGGUCCGGCGACCCGGAGUGCCAGAGCGACUACAGCAGGUGCCCAGACUGGUUCAAGGACGAGUUCGAUGCCUUCGGCUCCUACAUCAUGGUCACUUUUGGCAUCGGCGCUGGCUCCGUGACGGCACUCUACCUGGGCCUCUUCGCCGGCGCCCAGAGGGUGGCGGGCAGGCCGCUGCCGGAGAGCCACUUCGGCGUCCUGAGGGUAUUGGGCUCCAUCGCCGGCUGCUGCUGGGUCGCGGGCAACGUCUUCCAGUCCGCCGCGGUGAACCGUGGCGGUUCCUCUGUAUUCGGGCCAGCAAACCAGGCCAUGCAGCUUAUGCCGACCAUCACGUCUGGCGCCUGGGGCCUGCUCUACUACCGCGAGGUAAGGGCGCCGGUGCGUAUCGUCUGCUGGGUGCUGUCGGCGAUCUGGACCUUCGUCUUUGUGCUCUUGCUCGGGCAAGAGAAGGUGUGA